GGAACCACUACCAAGUGGACAGGCCGAGUCAUCUGCAUCAGCGGCCAAUGCUAAUGCAGGUAUCCUCAAUAAAGACGGUACGAGUAGCGCCGCUCACGGAUCGACAGUCCCACCUCUACCGUAUGAGCUUCCGAAAUUACCGUCCUCAUACUAUGACAAUGUGAAUAUACCUGAGCUUCAAGCACGGCUUGCACAGCAGGACGAGGAUGGAGGUCUUUUAUACCCCGACGACGGCGUGGCAGGUCGUCAGAACUUAGACAGUGGGAUGAACAACCCAUUCGGCAGCGGGAAUAGUUUUGCAGAUCUGUAUGGGAACGCAGAAAACAUGAAUAAUAUGAAUGCUCUUUACGGUGACGA